AGCUCAUCUCCUGUCCUGGAUGUCAGCGCAUCUAUCUUACCAGAGAUGUAACUGAAUAUAUUUUUCUUCAGCACGUUUCUCCUGUGAAACCCACAAUGGCCAGGAACUGCUCGGAGUGCAAGGAGAAGCGGGCAGCACACAUCCUCUGCACGUACUGCAACCGCUGGCUGUGCAGCUCCUGCACAGAGGAGCACCGGCAUGUCCCAGCCCCGGGGGGCCCACUCUUUGCACGGGCACAGAAGGGAUCCUCAGGGGUGAAUAGUGGCUCUGGGGACUUCGCCUUGUACUGCCCUCUGCACACACAUGAGGUGCUCAAGCUCUUCUGCGAGACGUGCGAUGUGCUCACCUGCCACAGCUGCCUAAUGGUGGAACACAAGGAGCACAGAUGCAGACACGUUGAAGAAGUUCUCCAAAACCAGAGGAUGCUUCUGGAAAGUGUGACUACUCAGGUGGCACAUAAGAAAUCUGGCCUACAGACAUCUGCAAAGCAAAUUGAGGACAGGAUUUUUGAAGUGAAGCAUCAGCACAGGAAGGUGGAAAACCAGAUCAAGAUGGCCAAGAUGGUCCUCAUGAAUGAGCUGAACAAGCAAGCCAAUGGCCUCAUAGAGGAGCUUGAGGGCAUUACUAAUGAGAGAAAGCGGAAGCUGGAGCAGCAGCUACAGAGCAUCAUGGUUCUCAACCGGCAGUUUGAGCACGUGCAAAAUUUCAUCAACUGGGCUGUCUGCAGCAAAAGCAGUGUCCCUUUCCUUUUCAGCAAAGAGCUGAUUGUGUUUCAGAUGCAGCGGUUACUGGAGACGAGUUGUAACACAGAUCCUGGCUCUCCUUGGAGUAUCAGAUUCACCUGGGAGCCCAACUUCUGGACCAAGCAGCUGGCUUCCCUUGGCUGCAUAACCACUGAAGGUGGACAGCUGACCCGGGCAGAUGCUGCGGCUGCCUCUUAUGGGAGUUUACAGGGGCAGUCAUCCUUUUAUCAGAGCCACCAGGCCCCCAUGGCUCAGCAGGAGGCGCUCAGCCACCCCUCACACAAGUUCCAGUCUCCAGCACUGUGCUCCUCGUCUGUCUGCUGCUCCCACUGCUCCCCAGUCUCACCUUCCCUCAAAGGCCAAGUCCCCCCACCCAGCAUCCACCCAGUUCACAGUUUCCGGCAGCCUUCUGAAAUGGUACCCCACCAGCUGGGGCCACUGCAGUGUUCCACCCUGCUGCCCAGGGAGAAAGAGCUGGCCUGCAGUCCUCAUCCACCAAAACUGCUGCAGCCCUGGUUGGAACCACAACCUCCUGCAGAACAGGAGAGUCCAUCCCAGCGGCCAGGACAGCAGCUGGUUUCCCAGCCCGUGUGCAUCGUCCCUCCACAAGAUGUGCAGCCAGGAGCUCAUGCCCAGCCCACCAUACAGACACCCUCCAUCCAAGUUCAGCUGGGCCACCAUCAGAAGCUAAAGCUCAGCCACUUUCAGCAGCAACCACAGCAGCAGCCCCCACCCCCACCACCCCCACCUCCUCCACCCCCCCAGCAUGCACCUCCACCCUUGCCUCCAUCCCAGCACCUGGCUUCCAGUCAGCACGAGAGCCCUCCUGGGCCUGCCUGUUCCCAGAAUGUGGACAUUAUGCACCACAAGUUUGAGCUGGAGGAGAUGCAGAAGGACUUGGAACUUCUCCUGCAGGCCCAGCAGCCUAGCCUGCAGUUGAGUCAGACCAAGUCUCCUCAGCAUCUUCAGCAAACCAUUGUGGGGCAAAUCAACUACAUCGUGAGGCAGCCAGCUCCUGUGCAGUCUCAGAACCAGGAGGAUACCCUGCAGGUUACAGAGGAGCCACCAGCGUCUGAGGGCCCAAAGCCAGCUCUACCUGUUGAGAAGAAUACUGCUGCUUCCUUGCCCCAGACAUCUGGGGAGGAGACUCCUCACAGUGUCCCUCCAGUGGACAGCACCUCCCAGCACUCUUCUCCAAACGUGGUGAGAAAGCACGCCACCUCAGUGAGCAUCAUGGGCUUUUCCAACACUGUGGAGAUGGAGUUAUCGUCUACCAGGCUGGCGAGGGCCAUAGAGCCACAGAUCCACAGGGUGAGCAGCCUGGCUGCUCCCACGCACACGAUUCCUAGCUUGCUGAGUGGCCCACCACAAACUGUGUCCAACCUGAUGAGUGUUUCGAACCAUGCGAUGCCAAGCCUGACAGUCAGCCACCUGCAGCCUGUGCCAAACCUCGUGCGUGGCACAUUUCAGUCCACGACCAACCCGAGGGGUGACUCCUCCCAGGCCAUCACAAGCCUGGCGAGCACUCACUCACAAGCUGGGCCCAGCCUAAUGUCUGGGCACACCCAGGCUACACCGAGUCUGGCCACUUGUCCUCUGCAGGGCAUGCCUCCAGUUUCUGACAUACACGUGGAGACUAGAUCCAUAUCCAGUCCUGGGUCUGGCUCAACUGCAGAGAGGCUGGGCCCCAGAGAUGGGACUGAGUCCUCCCUGGGGAAUGCCUUGUGUAAGAUGGAAAGUGAGGAUUGUACCCGUUUCACAGACUCAGUAGGACAAGGCCCCACAGCCUCCAGUCUGGAUGGUCCCAAGGAUUUGGCUAUUCCCUCAGAACUGGAGGAACCAAUUAACCUCUCUGUGAAAAAACCUUUCCUGGCACCAGCGAUCAACACAUCUACUGCUCUUCAACAGUACCGGAAUCCAAAAGACUAUGAGAAUUUUGAACAAGGAGCCCUAGAACUGGAUACAAAAGAGAAUUCGGACAUCAGGGCUAUCAGUAGUGAGCCCAAGAUCCCCUACGUGCGACUGGAGCGGCUCAAGAUCUGUGCUGCCUCAUCAGGAGAGAUGCCUGUGUUUAAGCUGAAGCCUCAGAAAAACAGCCAGGACGGGAGCUUCCUCCUGGUGAUCGAGUGUGGCACUGAGUCCUCCAGCAUGUCUAUUAAGGUCAGCCAGAACAGCCUGCCUGAUGCCACCCAGGGCCCAGGUCUCGGGGGAAGGAAGGUCACUGUCACAUCUCUGCCUGGGCAGAGGCCACUAGAGGUGGACAGCACAUCUGAGGAACACAGACUCAUUCCUCGAACUCCGGGAACCAAGAAGAGCACCCCAGCCCCCAUAGAGAAUGAAGACUUCUGCGCUGUGUGCAUCAACGGUGGGGAGCUGCUGUGCUGUGACCGCUGCCCCAAAGUGUACCACCUUUCCUGCCACGUGCCAGCCUUGCUCAGCUUCCCAGGGGGAGAAUGGGUGUGCACUCUGUGCCGCAGCCUGACGCAGCCGGAGAUGGAGUACGACUGUGAGAACGCACGCUACAGUCACUCUGGAGUGCGGGCACUUCCUGGCUUAAGCACGUAUGACCAGAAGAAGUGUGAGAAGCUGGUCCUGUCUCUGUGCUGCAACAGCCUCAGCCUGCCCUUCCAUGAACCAGUCAGUCCCCUGGCCAGGCAUUAUUACCAGAUUAUCAAGAGGCCCAUGGACCUGUCAAUCAUCCGGAGGAGACUGCAAAAGAAGGACCCAGCUCACUACACCACUCCAGAAGAAGUGGUGUCAGAUGUGCGCCUCAUGUUCUGGAACUGUGCUAAGUUCAAUUAUCCUGACUCGGAGGUUGCAGAGGCUGGUCGCUGUCUGGAAGUGUUCUUUGAGGGCUGGCUAAAGGAGAUCUACCCAGAUAAAUGCUUUGCCCAGCCCCAGCAAGAGGAUUCAGACACUGAGGACGUAUCUGGCGAGAGUGGCUGUUCCACCCCUCAGGGCUUCCCGUGGCCUCCCUACAUGCAGGAAGGCAUCCAGCCCAAGAGGCGACGGCGGCAUAUGGAGAAUGAGAAGACAAAGAGAGUGUCAUUUCGUCUGACCAACAGCAUCUCGCAGGUGUGA